AAAGUAGCAUACUUUUACACGUAGAUGUAGAUACACAUGUGCAUUAAAUGAAAGCGACCAUCUACAAGGGUGGAAAAUUAACUUGGGAUGUUUUUGGUUGCCAUUUUUCUUUCCUUACCUUUGUCUGCGCGAGUGCAAAGUGAUGAGAAUGUUGAUGAUUCACCAGCCUGAAUACUGACUGGUACCAUCCGUUGGCAAAGAGUAGGAUUUUCAUUCAAACUUGUAACGAAUUUGCAGAUGUUUCUUGCAUUUUAUUUCAUCAUUCCAUUCAUAGUUCGAGCUUGUUUUCUUUAAGGUUUUCUAUAUGAGGCAGUUAAUCGUCUAAAUGUAUGUCAUUCGUUAUUGUAGUGACGAUUGAUAACAUAAACUUGUAUAAGAAAACAUUAAACCCUGGUCCAAAACAUUCCACCAACUGUUUAUGGAAGUUUAAUGUGUCAGCAUCGUUUGUAUUGGCAUGAAAAAAUGUUGUUUUUCCUUUAAAGGAACUGCUACUCGCAAAGGUAACUAUCGAUGCUGCAAAUCCCUUCCAAAAGCUGACUUAUGGAGGGGAUUUGACGUUCUUAUGUGUGCGUUGUGUCAUGGAGAAGAAAUAAAGGUAGGGCUGAAGCAGGCAACUCGGGGAGGUCACUGUUUACCAAAAGGGGCAAUAAUUUUGUCCGUCUUUCACCAUAUAAGGAUGUGAUUUUGCAGCCUGUACACACAGCUCACCCAAAGUUGGUUGGGUUGAUUCGGUGAAAAGAAUCCCGUACUGGCACAACCAACUCUCACUCGACCUCGUUUUGCGACGUUGGUGGUGGUAGCUCAAUUCUCGAAUACCGAGUCGACCUACACGGUACAGCAGAAGUAACAACUUGAUCAACAUCUGGAUGGGAUUAAUGGUCGAUGUAACACAUUGUGCAUCACUGAAUGCACGAGCUGGAAACGGGUGGGGGCCCGAGAAAAGUCUCUUGCACUCUAGACGCUUACAUACUCGUUGAAGUGUAGGCACCGUGACUCAAAACGGUCCCCACCAACACAAUGAACAAUGUUUGAAAUGUCUCCAUAAGUCUGUGGCAACGGGGACUUGAUGCAGUUAGGUCCAAGGUUUGCGAUCUCGUCGUCUUACUCCAUAGGAGCUAAUGUUUAGUCGCAAUAAUAUAGUCGUGGACGUAGGAGGGUUCAGUUAUGCAGUGCUGAUAGGUUGCUGAACCAUCUGUGUAGCUUAGUGCGAUAUUUGCAUUCUCUGUUCUGUUUUAGCAUCAACAAUACAUCAACAAGCACAAGAUAUAAACAUGUCUUCCCGCAAAACUGCCGGACGUCGGGGUACGACGAAAAAGCGUGCCCAGCGCGCAACGUCGAACGUUUUCGCCAUGUUCGACCAAGCGCAGAUUGCCGAGUUCAAGGAGGCAUUCAACAUGAUCGACCAAAACAGGGACGGUUUCAUUGAGAAAGACGACCUCCACGAUAUGCUGGCGUCGCUCGGUAAAAACCCAACGGAGGACUAUCUGGAGGGCAUGAUGAACGAGGCGCCCGGUCCGAUCAACUUCACCAUGUUCCUGACCCUGUUUGGCGAACGGCUGCAGGGUACCGAUCCAGAGGAGGUGAUCAAAAACGCAUUCGGUUGCUUCGACGAGGAAAACGCGGGCCUGAUCAAUGAAGACAGGCUACGCGAGCUGCUGACCACAAUGGGCGAUCGGUUCACUGACGAGGAUGUGGAUGAAAUGUUUCGCGAGGCACCGAUCAAGAACGGGCUGUUCGAUUACAUCGAGUUCACUCGCAUCCUGAAGCACGGCGCCAAGGAUAAGGAUGAGCAGUGAGAAAUAUGCAAACAACAAACAAUUUGUUUCAGCCUUCUGCCUCAUAUUAACUUUAAAACAAAAAAUUAUCGGGACGCAUUUACCUUGAAAUGAUCGUACUAACACAAAUUCCAUUUGCAAGGUAACCUUUUAGGGCGACACUUGCACUAUCGUUUAAAUGAGCAUCAGUAUUUCUCGUCUCAAUUGGUCGUGUUGCAUUGCAGACGCAUGAUGUGUUAAACCACGAUUUGCCUAAUUAAUAAACGAUCUAUGUAAUUGGUCUGUGUUAUGUAAAUUAAAUUUGGUUUUCAAUAUUUCACUUCGUUCCAUCUUAUAACACGAUAUGUGGAUGAUGAUGUUUGAUCCACAGAUCUGUAGUUUAUCCGAACGGCGUGUUAUGAAUCCUUGUAAUUGCAGUUAAAAUUUCUGGUAGCUUUUAAAAAUGAAUCAUACGAGCAGCGUCAAACACUGGUGAUCGCACACGUAUCUGACCAGAC